AAACUACAUGCAACCAAAACGCGAGCGAACACACGCAACCACAACCCGAAAGCGACAGCAAUCGAACCAGACGCACUUGCUGAAUCCACGCACGCCUUCUCCUCGCGCGCGGCCGUCACGCCGCUGCGCAUAGCGAGUCUCCAGCUAGCUCUUCUACCGCCGCGGCCACCACACCUCUACUCUACAACCUCUACAAACCUCUACACCGCUUCGCAUACCUCACAAUGGCGAACACUGCUUCCAGCAGCAAUGUGGUUGGCGUCCACUACCGCGUCGGCAAGAAGAUUGGAGAAGGCAGUUUCGGUGUCAUCUUCGAGGGUACCAACCUCUUGAACAAUACCCAGGUCGCCAUCAAGUUCGAACCUCGCAAGAGCGACGCACCUCAGCUUCGCGAUGAAUACCGCACGUAUAAGAUACUCGUCGGUUGCCCUGGCAUCCCGAACGUGUAUUACUUUGGUCAAGAAGGGCUUCACAACAUUCUAGUGAUAGACCUUCUCGGCCCAUCGCUAGAAGACCUGUUCGACCACUGCGGUCGACGCUUCACGAUCAAGACUGUCGUAAUGGUAGCCAAACAGAUGCUCUCACGCGUCCAGACCAUCCACGAGAAGAACCUCAUCUACCGCGACAUCAAACCAGACAACUUCUUGAUUGGCCGACCGAACACCAAGGCGCAGAAUGUCAUUCACGUCGUCGAUUUCGGUAUGGCGAAGCAAUACAGGGACCCAAAGACCAAACAACACAUUCCGUACCGCGAGCGCAAGUCAUUGUCAGGCACUGCGCGGUACAUGUCUAUCAACACCCACCUUGGCCGAGAGCAGUCACGACGUGACGAUCUCGAAGCUCUUGGCCACGUUUUUAUGUACAUGCUCCGCGGCGGACUCCCAUGGCAGGGUCUGAAGGCUGCGACCAACAAGCAGAAGUACGAGAAGAUUGGGGAGAAGAAACAGACAACAGCAAUCAAGGACUUGUGUGAGGGCUUCCCAGAGGAGUUCAACAAGUACCUGUCCUACGUCCGCAACCUGGGCUUCGAGGACACCCCAGACUACGACUAUCUGCGCGACCUGUUCACCAAGGCGCUGCAGAACACUGGGGAAGUGGAGGAUGGGGAGUACGAUUGGAUGAAACUCAACAACGGAAAGGGCUGGGAUGUACCAACCCGCCCAUCUGCCGCCGCAGGCCACCGCGAGCAAGGCAACCCAUCAAACGCGGAUCUUCACCGCAACAACCUCAACAGAGCGUCGAACACGCCACAAAUCGAUAAGGAGAAGCCACUCCCAAGCAAACCAGGCGCAGUGCGCCAACCCACCAACCAGAGGGCACAGCCAGCCAGGCGCCCACAAAAUAGCCAAGACUUAGGGAAGCGUGGCAGCGGAAUGCAGAUGGACACCGCAGACCACCGUAGCACGGCUGCUCAAUUCCAGAACAGCCGCGCCGAUUUGACACGAGGGCCCGGCUCAUCAGCCGUCGGUGCCCAACCACAAACAGCAACUGCUGCUGCUCAGAGGCCAGCUGCACAGACACAGCAGCCCGAGCAAAAGCCGAGUGCAAUCCAGAAACUAUUCAAGGCAUUAUGCUGCGGAUAGAGCAAGCAGCACAAUAUUUUAGAUGAUAUUUUACCCUCAAGGAUUGCAUCACCAGAAGUCGUCGACAAGGCGAUUGCUGCACAGCAGGCAGCGGAGAAGGCCGAGAAAGCAGCGCUAGAGCAUAUUGCGCCAAAGAAGCAACUACCACUCCGCUACAACUACGAGUACAAGUUCAGCCCUUAUGGGCGCUUGGAGAAAGUGCCGCGGAGGAGGCUGUCCAAGGUUCCAACCCAUCCAGAUUUGCCAUUGAACCGACCAAGGACGAGGCCAUCGUUGGCUGAAAAGCAGCGGGCGGAGGAGAAGGCUCGCGCAGACGCAUUGGCGGCUGCAAGGAAGGCGUACCAGCAUGGGUACCCAAUGGAGAGGACGAAGAAGAAUCUUCCCACUGAGGAGAUGAUCAAGGCGCGACGGGAAAGAAGGAGACAGCAAGGUCAGCUUUAAGACCACUCCUCGGAGGAAUACGUAAUGUCUAAACGACCAGCGCGGCGUUAGGGAGUUUUUUUGUUUGGGCGUUUUUGUUUUGUAAUGGGAAAAGGGAAAGCAUGGGCAGGCUAAAAGCCCACACCUACUGUAUGCACACGUGAAUAAAGUUCACUUCAACUCAG